AUGCCGAUCGUGAAUCGGCUUAAAAAAUUCAUCCUUGGCUCAAAUUUUAAUAAUGAUGGCCAAAAGUCAACUUUUGGUUCUGGAACUAAGACCAUUCCUGAUAUUGUUCGAAUUGAAACGGACGUUUGCGAAUAUUGGAUAUUGGAUGAAGUAAUAGGUGAUGGUGCAUUUGGGAGCGUUUAUAAAGCACGAUCGAAGCUGGAACCAGGAAGAGUGGCCGCCGCAAAGGCAAUGGAAUUGGAGGACGAUGAAAGCCAAGAUGUAAUGGUUGAAGUAUCAAUUCUUACUCAGUGUAAACAUCCAAAUAUUGUCGAACUUUAUGAUGCAUUUACUAUGGGUACUCGCAUUACGCUUUUGUUGGAAUAUUGUGGUGGUGGUGCGGUGGACAGUAUAAUGAUGGAGUUGUCACGACAUCUUACUGAAGAACAAAUUCAUUAUAUCAUGAAAGAGAUCCUGAAGGCACUGCAUUUUCUGCAUGGCAAAAAUGUAAUUCAUCGAGAUCUGAAGGCUGGCAAUGUACUGUUAACAAGUGAUGCAAGGGUAAAAUUAGCCGAUUUCGGUGUGUCAGCACUAUGCAAGAAUGGUCGAGAAGUACGAUCAACAUUCAUUGGGACACCGUAUUGGAUGGCUCCGGAAGUGAUGAUAUGUGAAACUUUUCCGGAAAAGCAUUAUAAUAAGUUGGCAGAUAUAUGGAGUUUCGGGAUAACUCUUAUCGAAAUGGCAGAAGAGAAACCACCUUAUGCGGAAAUGAAUCCUGCAAAAGUGAUUUUUAAGGUCAUAAAGGCAGAUCCUCCCACACUGGAACGCCCCAAUCUGUGGUCUCCUAAUUUUCGAGCCGUAGUUACUAAGUGUUUAACAAAGGAUCCAGAAAAUAGACCAAGUGCCGCUGAUGUAUUAAUGCAUCCAUUUUUUGUACAAUCAGGAUCAGUUCAGUGUAUACGUUCGUUGAUUAGCGAAGUGAAUGCUGAACAAAUAACAACAGAAGUGGUGGUUGGCAGUGAUGAUGAAACAUUGUACGAUGAUGAAGAUGAUGAUGAUACGACUACAUUAAGUAGUGUAGCUACAGCUAGUGAAGUUCAGCCAUACGAUGCGAGCAGUAUGAGCAGUAAACAAUGUCAAUCAGUUCUAUCUGUCACCGAACAGAAGAUAAGACCUGAAGUAACAGCAUUCACCUCAAAACCAACAAUAGUGAAUGCUGGAUCAACAACUGUCGAGUUGGAAUUAGCAGAGGAAAUAAGUCCCAUAUGUUGCGAAACUAAUAAUAUGGUAAAUGCUAACAUAUUAUCAUCUUUAUUAUCAGGAAAGAAACAACGUGCACCAAGUUUACCGGCAAAGGAUGGAGGUAUUCUGGAAAAAGAAGAAAACACGGUAGCAAUAGUAGAGAUAAAUGCUGACAGUCAAGAUAAACUAGAGUUUUUCGAAAGGUCGAGUAGUGUGGGAAGUCGCAAAAGUUCGGGACAUGGACAUCAUCACGAAGCUGUUAUAGCCUUAAGUGAUCUCGAUAAAGCAUUGAAUCUGGAAGAGGAACAGUUUAGUGAAAUUAGAGGAGAAGGUGACCAGUCUCCAGUGCCAACUUUAUCUCCGAGCCCUGAUUUCCUUCUGUCGGAGUGUUCCGAUCCAACCAUGCCGAUAUUAUCAGCUUCUUACGCUGCUUCUGUCAGCAAUAAAGUGGAGAAUACUACAAAUCUGAAUUUGAGUGCUCUUUCGAAACCGCAAGUGAAAAAUGAAACCAUUGGUGUAGAACACAAGUUGGGUUGUCCGAAAUCAGCUGAUCAAAUUCGUGAUGUUGUUUCUGAAGACCAACUACACGCUCAGUUGCUGGGGCGACCUACCACGGUUCAAAUUACCGAAACAGGAGCUGUUGUGACGUCAAAUGCUUCAUUCAAUAAGAAAUUGGUUCAAACUGACGCUCAUGUCAAACUGGAACGGCCAAACGCUAUGCAAGAAGCUAAUUUUGUGCAUAUGUUAAAAGUUGAAGACAGUCAACAGUUGAAAGUAAAGGUUUUUACAAAGGAGGAAGUUGCUGUUCAUGAAUCUAAUCCCGUUGAAGAAUUCUCUAAACAAAAUGAUGCAUGUUCACGUCAUUUAAUACAAGUUGGUCCUACUUCUGCUGCGGCAGGUGUACAUUACUCUGUAGGCAAAUUACCGUUUGGUGUUUCUUGGUCAACAGAUCAUCUAAACGCAACAAGAACUAUCUAUAGGCACAAUCCUGAUUCCGUAUUGCAGAGUUCUCCCCUUCUGGAGAAUAAGCAACUGCUAAAACAUCAGCAUUCCAUGCGAGCAGGCUUCAAAGUCCCUUUUUCUAAUGCUGAGAUAAAAACAGAAGCUAGAAUGACACAGCCUUCUAAUUUGUCUGCUAAGACUGUUGCAAUGUCAAUAGGUGAUAAAAGAGAUAAAAAAACGAUCAUUGAAAUCCGUCGGCCACUAUCAUAUCCGGAAAGCAGAAGUAAGCAAACGAAUGCUCGAAAAAUUGUUACUGCAUCCUCAUCUAAUGCUGGUUCAUCGCCAUCGCCACCUUCACCAACACAUUUGUUCUCACAACAUAGUGUUGUUGUUGCGGCAAAAGCUAUUGAUCAUGUUCGACGGCAGGAACAAAAUCAAAAUAUAAGGGAUCAGAGUCAAAACUGUAAACAAUUAAUUGCGGAACGAAAUCAAGAAUUGAACAAAAUGAUUCUGAAGAAUAUAAAUGAACAGAAAAAGGACAAUGCAAGAGAUCGAAAUGGCGCUCUCGCAGGUCAUCACCAGCUUACGCCUUCAACAAGUAACAAGAAAAAAGAAAUGCAUCUGGAGCACGAAUAUGAUUACUUUGGAACAGCAUCAUCAAGUUCAUCAAAUUCUAGCAAACAUUUUCAUCGACACAAUUAUGAGGGCAAGUCGGGUGAGCGUGAUGAUUCUGGUUUUCUGGUAGCCGUAGCUGCCAAUGGUGGUGUGACAUCGGCUGGAACAGCGGCUGUAUCUGAAUCAGUAAUAUCGACACCUCGGGCCGUAUUAACUAUUCCACCACCAGAACCACCGGUUGAUUAUUAUGAAAAUAAUAUAGGUAACAGUAGCGGUGACAGGAAAUCAUCAAGCUCACAACAGAAGGUGUCAACCAACAGAAAGUCAGUAGGAAAUGGCACCAAAAUCACAUCAUCUCUCGAGUUAAAUAUUUAUUUCUGUUCCCAGGCUCCAAGCACUGGCACAUCAAUUGUGGGAUCACGACGCUCACCGCAUCGUCAAACUGUAACCAAGAAAACUCGAGUAUACGUCGUCGAUGGUGUCCAGAUGACAUCAACGUCUCAUCAAGUAUUCGGAGUAAAACAGGACUAUGAGUUGAGGAAACAGCAGUUGCAUGAGCUGCGCCGUCUGCAGCGCGAGGAAGCGCGUCAGCAGCGUGAAUUGAAUGCAAAGGCCGAAUCACUACGCAACGAACAAAUAAAACGUUUUGCUGCCGAUAAAGAAAAUAUCUACAAGAAAACAGAUAUUGAAUUGCAAAUGUUGGCCAGGACGCAGAAAAGGCAGUUAAAAGAAUGUGAAGAAAUACAUAGUGAAGAUAUGAAGCAAUCAUUGAAAAGAAUGCAAAGUGAUCAAGAACGUGAGUUGCGUAUGUUUCGCGAACAACUGAAACAAGAACAACGCGACCUGAAAAUAGAAAUGGAGACAAUCCCAAAAAGUCAGCGUAAAGAUUGCUAUCGUAUACGCAAGGAACAGCUGGAUAGCGAUCAACAAAAGAGAGAGAUGAACUUUGUUGCUGAACAACAAUCCGAACAAGCAGCACGCAUGACUCGUGUCCAGCUGGAUCAUAAAAUGAAGAUUUUGCAGAUUGAAAAAAAUUUCCAACAACAAAAGCAUGCUAUUUUGAGAUCACGUGAAGCUUCGGAAUGGGAUCUGGAGGAGAAGCAAUUGGCUGAACGGCAUCAUCUCAACAAACAAGAGUUGAAAGAUCGCUUUUAUCUACAACGAACUCAAAUGCUUGCUCGGCAUCAGAGAGAAUUGGAUCAUAUGCGCCGAGUAAAUGAAAUGGAUGAGGAGGAACAAGUACGCUUGUAUGCCAACUUCAAAAAACGUUUGCCAAAAGAUUUUCGUACCGAAUCUAAAACUCGAAUUGCUAUGUUUAAAGAGAGUCUACGUAUUUCUUGUCAGAGAGAUGAUUCUGCAACGCUUAAUGAAAAAAUACGAGCGUUUGAAGAAAAGGAAAAGCAACGUGUACGAAAUGCGUUGGAGGAGCAUGACACUAAAUAUGCUCGGAAACUGAGAGAAUUGAAAGAGAAAAAUGCAACAGCUAUACGGGAAUUAGAAGAGAUUCAUAGUGAGAAGCGCAAAAUGCUAUUGGAAGCAGAGGAAAACAAAAUGGAAAUGUACGAGAAAGAAUAUGAACAGGUGAUAGCUGACUGGAAAGCUGGCUUGCCAGUAAGGAAGCAGGCAUUAGAAGCAGAAUUUACUCGUGAGCUCGAUGAAGUAGAAGCGUUCUAUAGGAAGGAGAAUGCGCAAUUACAACAGCUGUCAGCAGCAAUUUCUCCAACUAAUUCCAUAUCAAGCAGACAAGAAAUAAUUGUUGGACCGCCGACAACAGCAGUAAUUGGUAAUUCGGUUCCUUGA